AUGAACUGCCGCAUUGCCAGAACAGUCUAUGAGCCGCUCGACGAGUUCCGCCUACAAUUCUGGCUCCUGGAGAUUGCGGAACCUGACGACGACAACGAGGAUGGCCCGGUGGUGGUCAAAAUGCACACAGUUUCCCUGCAAGAUAGGCCCCCAUUUGCAGCUCUGUCUUAUGUCUGGGGCGACCCGACGGAGACGGCAGAGAUCAUCGUCAACGGGUCCCCGCGCAAGGAGACGAGAACUGCAAGCGGCCAGCCUUCUGGCUUGUGGGCAGACGCUAUUUGCAUCAACCAGGAGAAUGUUGAGGAAAAAAGCCACCAGGUGGGCAUGAUGGGCCGCAUUUACUCUUCGGCCUCACUAGUGGUCGCCUGGCUGAGCAAUGAGGACAAAGGGUUACCGCUGGUGUUUUCCGCUCUUGAAACUCUCUGCCGGGAGGUGAAGCUCGUGAAUGCCGGGCAUGUUGAUGCCUUGCAUGGUGUCACGUGGAUGGAAGAUCACGAUAAUGACUUGUUCCGCCUGGUUCAAUUUCAGAGAGACCCGAAGGAGAGAGCAGGGGACCCCUCGCUACAGCUAUAUGCGGUUUACUUCGGCUUCCCUACUGGCAAAGGAUGUGGAUCAUCCAGGAGCUGGGGCAAAGGACUCGCGACAAAGAAGCCUAACGAGGACGCCAAGAAGUCAGAGUUAUUGGACGCUUUGUUCUACAUGGGACAAUACAAGUACCUGCCUCAGAAGCCGAAUUUCGACAGGAUACUAGAUAAACAGUUCGAGAGUUUGUCCUCUCCCGAGGCCGACUCUUCCGGCCACUCCAACUACUAUUCGGCAUUACUAUCCCUGAAAGGGUUCCAGCACGACGCCACUGAUGCAAGAGAUCAUGUUUAUGGACUUCUGAGCUUGACUGGCUUGAACAUCAUUCCCGACUAUUCCAAGACAACACGACAAGUGCUUCUCGACUACGUGCGGGCUAUAAUCAGUUCCAACCGCGGGACCGAUUCUGAGCUGUGCUUCCUCGACACCGCACCCCAGGCCCCGCACAGUGACACAGACAACCUAGAUCUACCAUCUUGGACACCAUCUCGGUUCAGCUAUGACCACUGCCGCGCAGACCGCCCGUGCCACGCCACGCGCGGCGUGUUCCACGGGUAUGACUUCCCAGAGCCGGAAGCACACGGGCGCAGCCUCUCCGCAGGAGGCUCCAGGAUCCAACGAAUCAAGCGCGUCGUCGAGAUCCCGGAUAACAAUAUGCCCUGGCGCGCCGAAGGGAAGUCGCUGUGCGAUCCCCUCGAAGAGUUCGCCAGUGGCGGCCGCGCAGCUUACCACACCGGGUGCUCGACGCCGCGUGCCCUCCGGCCGACCGUGCUUUGCAAGACGAACGGCGACGCGGAUACGAGUCCGUUUCUGGUCUAUUUCCGCAAAGGUGCUAUGACUGGAGAGCACAAUCUUGGGCAGCGCCUUCAAGGCGGCGUGGACAACGAGACGAGGCUGUGCGGUUCCAUGAAGGACCCUACCAUGACGGUGCUUUUCAAUUGGGGACUGGGUCUUAUGGACGGGGAGGCGAAGACGCUCCUUCAGGAAGGACACUGCGAGACACAGAUGUUCGAGCUGGUGUAG